AUGAACGCGAUUCCACGAGUAUGGUCUCGGCUGGGCCGCAAAGAUGCAGCCUGGAUAUGUUCAUCCUGCGCAACAAAAUCCACGCGCCGAAAACCGUCUACGCCUUUCUUCAAUCCCUCGACCCGAAGAGCCAUUUCCGAUAGCUCGAAGCCCAGACAAAAUGUAGCGCCAACCAUGGAGCAAUUGCGCGCUCCUUUCAAGACGAAGAACAGCUCGACGUUAUACUAUACCCUCAGUAUCAUAUUAGGCACUGUAGCCUUUUCCUACGGUUCCGUGCCCAUGUACAAGAUGAUAUGCCAAACAACAGGCUGGGGCGGCCAACCCAUAAAAGCCCCCGGCCACGGCGGGGCGGAAAGUGAUGACCCCUCGGAGCGCCUCAAGCCCGUCACGAAUGCCAAACGCAUCCGCAUAACUUUCAACGGCUCCGUAUCCGACGUCCUGCCCUGGAAAUUUACGCCGCAGCAGCGCGAGGUGAAAGUCCUGCCUGGUGAGACUGCGUUGGCGUUCUAUACCGCGACAAAUAAGUCUGAUGAGGAUAUCAUUGGGGUGGCGACGUAUAGCGUGACGCCUGGACAGGUGGCGCAGUAUUUCUCGAAGAUUCAGUGUUUUUGCUUCGAGGAGCAGAGGUUGAAUGCUGGGGAGACGGUGGAUAUGCCGGUGUUCUUUUAUAUCGAUCCGGAUUUUGCGAAUGACCCAAAUAUGAGGGGGAUUGAGCAGGUUACGUUGAGCUAUACGUUUUUUAAGGCGAGAUAUGAUAAAAAUGGGCAUUUAAAACCGAUGGCGUAA